UUCGCAGCUUCCACCUGGCGAGUCAGGACUCCCGCGCGUGCGCAGCUUGGAUGGGUGGGACAGAAAGAUGAAGCUGACGGAAAAGUUGCCGGCCGAGGAAAGGCUGAAGUUCUUUCACAAAGUAAUUGAUGGGAUUUGUGGCCGUGCAUACCCUCGAUAUCAAGACUAUAACACUAUUUGGAAUUUGACAGAAUGGAUGGAGGUUCUAGAACAAACCUCGGCAUAUUUCAAAAGUACCGUUGCCAAAGAUCGUUCAGAUGAAGAGGCACUUCAGCCAUUGGACGAGCUCAGUUCUGACUCUCAAAAAGCUGUGGUGACUUGCUUGAAAGGCAGAAAACAUGACAUCAGGCAUGCCCUGAUUGAAAGAACAAACGGCAUCUGUUCGGCACGCCUCCUGGAUUUUGACUGGCAGCUGAAGCUUGCUCUCUCUAGUGAUAAACUUUCCAUGCUGCAAAUGCCACUCCUAAACCUUGAUCUGGAUUUAACAGAGAAUGGUAACCUCAAGCCAUACUCCGUAGAAAUGAAUAAGGAAGAGCUACAGAACCUAAUAAGUUCACUGGAAGCUGCCAAUAAGGUUGUUCUGCAACUGAAAUGAUUCCGCUAUCGGAAGUGUCAGUGAAGAAAAUAGAAGUGUAUUCUUCAAAACGAAAGGAACUGAAAUGCUUCUGAAGUGCUGAGGUUGACGCAUUAAAGUGAGAGACGGAAAGAUGUUAUUCACAAUCUUACUGAGAGAACAACUCUUGAUCUCUGCUAGGCCAAAAUAAAUGCAAAAUCACAUUGUGGUUAACCGGUGAACAUAUCUUUGAUAGACCGCUGCAUUUCUGAGAAGGUUUGAGUGCCAUGUUAAAGCAUUUGUUGGAGAUCCUGAAGAUAGGGUGGACUUUGUCCUAUCAUGUAACAAGCAGCCAACAGUUACCUGAAAUAACGUGAUGCAAAUAUUCCUUUUCUUCUUCUCUUGGGAUUUGUGUAACUAAAUUGCAGACUAGGACUGUGAAAACUAUUUUAUACUUAAAGACACAAUUUGCUGUUAUAUUUUCGAACUGCAUAAAGAGGUUUUGUUUUGCAGAUUGAGCUCUGUUAAACACAAUAGAAUGUGUCUACAAUUAAGUGUAGUGGAUUGAACAUGCCCAUCACCAGACCAUUUUAAGCAUUCUGCCUAGCUCUAGCUUAUAAUGUGCUUCUGUGUGAAAUAAAUUGAUUUCUCUUAAAUAUUAAA